CUAUGGAUAGCAUGUGGUCGGUACACACAUGUUCGUUCGUUCAUCGCGUGAGUGUCAAUACGUGUCUCAUCGAUCAGAUCAACCGCCGCGCCCAGACAGCACAGAAUUGACAGACACAGACAGACAGACGCAAAUCUAAGACGCGUCCCACAGUCAUCGUAUCUCGGUGGCUGCGGCAAGCCGGCUGCUUUGGUUGCUCUCCCGCGCCUGAUUGAACACCUCGCGGAACUCAGACCUGAGGGAGGACAGAGAGAGAUGCGGUACACAAUACACACAUCACAUCCACCCUCUCUGUCCGUCCGUCCGCCCAUUUCACUCAGUCUCUCACUUGAGUUCCUUGUUGUGUGGGUCCUUGGUGAAGGCCGUGCCUGACAUACAUAGAGUCAGUGACAGAGAGCAAAGCACAGCACACUCUCUCUUCUCCCCCUGAUCCGAUGGAUGCGCUCCUUCCCUCUCUUUGUUGGUGUGACACUCACCUAGUUCGGUAGCGGCCUGUGUCAAGUCGCCCAGUGCCUUGUAGGCAUGCGCCAACCGGUAGUAGCCCUUGGGCCACUCGGGGUCGUAACGCACCGUCUGAUUGAUGCACACAAACACGCACACACACACACACACACAUGCAUCUUAUCUCCUCGCGUGUGUGUGUCCCAUCCCAUUCCGUGCCGUACCUCUUUGCCCUGGGCGAUUGCCUGCUGUGGCUGGUCCAUGGCCAGGUGGCACGCAGCGCAGUUGGAGUGCAGCGCCCUGAGCAGCAGCACCAGCUCCUGACGGCAUGAGCUCAGAUGGCCGAAAUCAAACUCUGUUCCCGCCUUGGGGCCCCGCGCGUCGGUGAGCGAACGAAUGAACGAGAUGAGGGGGUUGUCGUCGGUCAAGACGGAGAUUGCCUGCAGAUCGGAUACACACACACACACACACAGAGGGAGGGAGAGCGAAGGGGUAAAAGAGCAGAAGAUGUGUCAAUUUUGUUUGUUUUCUCUCUCUCUCUCUCUCUCUCUCUCUUUCUCAUUGCGUGCGUACCUCUCGGUAGGUCUCGAGUGCCGGCGCAUUCUGCCCAUUCUUGUAGAGCUGGUUGCCCUUGGUUUUGAGCUCUUCCGCCCUCUCUCGCCUCUUCCUGUGCUCGGCCUCAUCCCAAUGCACCUUCUCAAACGCACCCGCAGCAUCGAAACCGUCCCCCUGCCCAUUGGCGUUGUCGUCACGGUUGCUGGGCCCAUGAGCUUCGAUGUCCAUCGGUUUAGCGGCCUCGGCGGCCUCGGCAGCGACGUUAGUGACGGGGCGGAGGAGGGCGCAGAUGGCGUCGAAGGUGUGACCGAGUUGAAGGGGCGUCUGGCCGUUGGUGACCUUGUUGGGGUUGGCACCUUUGCUCAACAGCUUCUGGGUGCCCUCAGCGUCUCCGUUCUCAGCCGUGCAGUGCAGCGGAAUCCAGCCAUCCUGAUCUGACAAGACAAGCCCACAAACGGACACGUCCAUCCAUCCAUCCAUCCAUCCCCUCAGCCUUGCUCUCCCUUUCUUUGUGUCGGUGGCACCUUCAACGUUCGGGUCAGCGCCCCCCUCGAGCAGCAGGUCGAAUAUCUCCUUGGCCGUGUCGACGUGGUGCCGCAUCGAUGCGCUCAGGAUGAGGGGCGGGGGCACCUGGCGGCUGCCCAGGUCGGGAUUGGCCCCGUGGGCGAGCAGCAGACGGACGGCUGUGGCAUUCUGUUGUGUGACGGCCCACAGGAGGGGCGUCCCGAACUCCGUCGAGCAUGCGUUGACGUCACAGGGAGGAAGAGGCUGUAUACAGCCGAGAGAGAAGAAGCAAAGGGUGUGUAUGUAUGUAUGGCUGCCUGUCUGUGUCUGUCUAUCUCGGUCGCACCGUCUCGUCAGUGCGGCAGUUGAGGAGCAUCUCAAGCAGGCUGCCGUCGCGGUGCUCGGCGGCCACAUGAAGCGCAGACGUCCCCUUGCGAUUCCUGCAGCGCAAUGCAAUAGCAUCAACACACAUAUAUCCACCCACAUGCGCAUUGAUCUCUCCUCUCCAUCCAUCCAUCGAUCAGGUUAGCUUACAGGUGGCUGAUCUUGGCUCCCCUGUCCAGCAACAGCCGCACCACGUCCGCAUGGUUGUGGAGCACCGCCAGCAGCAGCGGCGUGUCGCCCACAUCACACUCCAGGUCCACCUUGACGCCCUCAAUGGCCAGCAAGGUCUUGACAUUCUCCACCCUCCCUCCCAUGCACGCGAAGUGCAGACAUCCCCGGCCAUUGCCGUCGCGGUAUUGGUUGACGAUGUCCGCCAGAGUGACGCCUUCCUCUCCCCUCUCUCGUCGGAUGGUCUCCAGGUGGCUGAUGAGCUCCGCGGCGUCCUGAUCUUUGGCGCAUGCGAGCAGUUGCGUCAGCUCCUUCUUCACCCGGUUGAAGGCCUCGUUUGAGUGGCUUGCAGAUGCUGAUGCUGCCAUGGCUGACGCCGA